AUGCUCCGGAAUAGCUUUGCAUGGCUCAAACCAGCCCUUGUUCAUAGGGCACCUCAGCCACUCCUUAUGUCCAGAGCCCUCCAUUUCUCUCCACGUGUGCUCUCUGGAGGUAGUUUGUUUGGAGACAUUACCACUCAGAAGCAGCCCGAAAGCGCUGCAUCGGCACCUGUUGACCCUCCAGCAGACCCCAAGAUGAUGUUGCCUGCGGAUGAUGCCGUUUUGCAGAAAAAAUAUUUGCAAGAAGCUCAGAAAAAGCAGGAGACCAGUGCCCGGUAUGUGUCUGCAGAAAAGAGACGACUUUUCGAUCUCAACGUGGCCAAAAAUGGGUUCUACAAGAAUAAUGAGAUCAUUUACGACAAAGAGAAUGGAAAACACUACAAGUUGCUGUUGACAGAUGCUGAAAUCGAGGUGUUGGAACCCUCGGUGUACAUUAAAUCAUUCCGUAUUCAAAGUUCAAUGAAGAAGGCUACACUUGUUAAUCGUUUUGUUCGUGGAUACAAUGUUAAGAAUGCCAUCAAUCAGUUGCAUUUCAGUCCCAAAAAGAUGGCUACAGAGUUGGAGAAGUUAUUGAAGACCGGCCUCAAAUUGGCUUCUCUGCAAGGCAUGUCCGAGGACCUGCUAUACAUCCAUGCAUUGUGGGUUGGUCCCGAUGGUGAGUGGAGAAAACGUAUUGAGUGGAAGGGUCGUGGUCGUGUUGGUAUGCUUCGUCAUAGAUAUGUUCAUCUUAAGGCUAUUUUGAAGCUGCAACAGACCAGAGACCGCUUGGCAUGGGAGAAGGAAAAGAAGAUUGAGGCCACUAAGCCUAAAACGUUCUUGAAUAACGAGCCUUUGAAUUUUACUGUUCAUGGUGUCUACAAGUGGUAA